AUGGCGGGCAUGCACUUCCUCGCGGGCAUCUGUACCAAGGACUACGUGGUCCUCGCGUGCGACAAGGCCAGCUUCGCCUACGGCGCCGUCGUCGUCGACAACGACAGCGACAAGGAGUUCCGCAUCGGCACCAAGUCGACGAUGAUGUGCAUUGGAGAAGACGGGGACGUCGACCAGUUUGGCGACUGGACCCUGCGCAACAUGAGGCUGUACAGUUUGAGAAAUGGAUACACGAGCUCGUCGCCGCGGCCCGCAUUCCACUGGAUCCGCAAGUCGAUCGCCGACUCGCUGCGCUCCCGCGACCACUACACGGUGGAUGUGCUGAUCGGCGGCUACGACGACAGCGAGAAGCGCGCCCUGCUCGGCUCGAUCGACUACCUCGGCAACGGCGUGAUGGGACAACCCUACCUCUUCCGCGGCUUCCCCGGCAGAUUCUCGUACGCCAUCAUGGACCGUGAAUACCGCGCUGAUAUGAACACAGAAGCUGGCGUGGCCCUUCUGAAGAAGUGUCUACAAGAGGCGAAGAAGCGCUUUGUCGCCAACCUCUCCGGCUACCACCUCGUGCUCAUCGACAAGGACGGCUACAAAAAACUCGAUGAUGUCACGUUCCCC